CUUAUUUUUUUUUAACUUGGAUAAGUUGAAUGAUAACUUAUUCAGAAUAGUUGCACAGAAAGCGAGUUGAGACAUGUGAAUAGAAUUGCGUGUACUUAUCAGAAUCAGAAUCGUAACUGCCAUACGAACAUUCAUUCAAGAUGAGUUUUCCUGCCCAUAAUUUUAGGGGGGAUUUCAGGGGAAUUUUAGAUUCCGAGAUAGAGAAAACUCUUUCAUGAUGUUUAGUUCGUACAACUUUGGCCGAUUUCGAAGAUAACACAGAAAAUAAAACAGAAUUAGAUCAUGAGAAACAAAGUGGAAAAGAACAAGAGUCGAUAACACCACAGUCAGAGAAAAUUGUUGACUGCCUUGAACCUGGUUGUGUUUGUCGUUUUAGAAAAUAG